AUGGACAAAAUACCAGUGUCGAAGCGACUUGAAAUUGGUUCAGAUAUUCCAAUAGAUUUUAAGCAUCCGAAUGCUUUAAAAUACUAUGUCACUAAGUAUAACAAUGGUAGAUGGAUAACUAUGAAUGAUCUGAAAUCAAUAAGAAAUGUUGGUUGGAUAGAGUUAAAGUCCACAAUUUUCGGUUGUAAUGAUGUCAACGAAUUUUUGAGAUAUUGGGUAAACUGUGAAGAGGAUAUGCUGAAACUACUGGAUUUGAAUUUGAAAGAAGGCGCAUUUAUCGACGUAGAUGCUCUUACUGAUCAACUCAUCACUGUGCGUGUCGAAGGGGCCAGUUCCCCUCAUUUUUUCAUGUAA